UUAGAAUUCUUUGAUAUUUACUUUGUUUUUGUAGUACGAAAUAGCUAUUUUAAUACAGUAAUAAAUUACAAUCAUGAGUUCUUAGUGUAACAAAACGUGAACUUUCGUGUGAUUAUUUUUUAAUUUUACUUUCUUCGACAUUGAAAUGUUUAACCCUGAUAUUAACGAUUACCAGCUGACUUCAAUAAUAGCGGAAUGCUGUGGGGGUGUUGCAGUAGUCUAUUCAGCUGUUUACAAACCGUACAAUCAAAAUGUGGCUAUUAAACGAUAUUUUGUAGAUAAAGAUAAGGAAAAAGCCAGCUUAAUACAGCAAGAUAUUCUGACACGGAAAGAACUGCAACAUCCGAACAUCUUACCAUAUCUCACAUCGUUUGUAUUCGGUCCAGAGCUGUAUGUGGUGUCUCCGUUGAUGAACCUCGGGUCCUGUAGAGAUAUAUUAGACAGAUACUUCCAGGAAGGCCUGCCGGAGCUGGCAUGUGCUAUUAUAUUAAGAGAUGUGUUAUUAGCAUUACAAUAUUUACACAAACAGUUUUAUAUACAUAGAGGUGUCAGAGCAAGUCAUGUUUUAUUAGACAUAAAUGGCACCGUCCGUUUGUCCGGGCUACGUAGUGCUGCAUCCAUGAUGGUGCGUGGGCGGAGACAGAGGCAGUUGCACAGUUUGCCCCCACCGGAUCACGACAACGCUAAUCUUAUGUGGCUUAGUCCAGAACUAUUGGAGCAGAAUCUCAAAGGCUACGAUGAGCAAUCUGAUAUAUAUUCACUGGGCGUGUUCUGCUGCGAACUUGCAAACGGGGCGGUUCCAUUCGCAGAGGUGCCGACCACACUCAUGUUCACUGAGAAAGUUAGGGGGAGCAGGCCUCAGCUGCUCGACUGCUCGUCGUUCCCCGAACCCCUGGAUGACGGUGAGAUGAAGAGCGUGUACAACACGGACAGCGGCGUGGGCGACAGCGCGGAGGGCGUGUCCCGCGUGCGCGCGGCCUACGCGCGCCGCAAGCUGUCCGACGCCUUCCACCACCUCAGCGACCAGCUGCUGCAGCGAGAUCCAGAGAAGCGGCCUUCCGCGACGCAAUUGUUAAAUCAUCCAUUUUUCAAGCAAAUCCGAAGAACCGACUUCUUGCCCAGCCUCAUUGGAAGAGUUAAACCUAUCAAACCGGAUCCUGACGACAUAUCAGCUCUACUGUUACAAGAGAAAAUAUCAGAAAUGGAAAUUGAGAAAACUACGGAGUGGGACUUCUAGUAUUCAACAAAUCUAGCAAAAGUACAUAUACAGUUAUGCCAAAAUUAUACCAAAUAUGUAUGCUGAAUAACAUUCAACGGUCGAGGCAAAAUGUAAACAAGACCACUAUUAUUCACGUUGAAAUUGACGAUGCUUGAAAAUCUAUUUAAGUGAAAAAAUCUAAAUGAUGUUUGUCGGCAUGUGUGUGAGUUACGCACACUACAAUACCGCGCCGACGCACUCAAUGUCACGUGAUGUUUUGAAACCAUAUUAAGAUUAUAUUCAAACACAAUCAUAAACCAUUUCAUCUUAAUAACACAGCGAGUUACAUAGUACAGACAGUUUAGAUCAUUCGAUAAUUGGGAUUAUUAUAUUUUGCACAAAAACAUGAAACGAAUAUGGAAUUGAAAGAAAGCAAUAGUAAACAACAGCUGCCUUAAUGUAUAUUUAUACCGCGUAUAUUAAAAUGAAUUAAGUCUAAAUAUAAUAAAUUAGCUAAAUUUCGUUAUAAGCGUUUGCAUUUUGAUAACAGUUAGCGAUAGUCUCGUACGGUUAAUUAGUACGUAUUGUAUAAAUAGGAAAUUCGAUAUUUAAACAUUUUUACUAAUUUAUAAAUGUGUAAUAAAUUGAAUGUUUGCUAUGACGUCAUUCGCACGCUAUGAAUGUAACGUUACUACAGAUGUGGUUGCUCUUAGUUCGUGUAUUGAUACUAUUCAUUUUGUCCUGUUUAUUUAACUAUACAAUAUUUAUAUGUUAAUUGUCACUGAGUUAACUGACAUAGACACGUAGCCUUCUGUCAAAUCUAAUCAAAGAUAUUAGGAUGAGAUCAUAGACAAUUUAGUAUUUUUUAAUGAUUUGACAUAUUCCUAACAGUUCACUCUAAGUAAACAAAAUAUAAGUGCGAGAUAUUAAAAAGACAUUUCCUUAAUCUGUCAGUAAUAAUGAUUCUCAACGAAUGGCACACCUCCGUCUCCCUCUACCUAGCUUCAGUUUAAUACUGACUCUAUAAAAAAAAUAAUCGUUGCUAAUGUAUCGUAUGUAUUUGAAUUUUAAUUCUUAUGAUAUUUAUACAUAUUAUUAAAGCUUUUAGUAAACAAUAUCACAACAGUAUGCUAAUGGUGCUACAACUUUGUUAAACUAAUUAUUCAUAUUUAUUGUAAAAUGUUAAUUUUUUUGAGCAAAGAGGUAUUUAAGAUACCAAGAGGCUCUGACCCAAACCUCAUAGAUAUCAAUAUUCUUUACAAACUGAUCUUUUAAAACUACACAAUCUAGAUAUGUUUGAUUAUCACAUAGGAUUAGAAAUUCCACAGGGAUGGACCUCAUUCUAGCUACGUUUUUUUUUUUUCGAAGUAUAAUUUUGGUGUAACUGCUCAAAAGGGAUAUAACUUCGAAUAUAUAUUUUUGCUUGACUUUAUAUUUGAGAAAA